CACAGUGUGCCUAAGCAAAGAAAUGCUCCAGCGCCAAGUCUCUCACACUCCUGAAGUAGGAGCGACUUAGUAGCUGCUGUACCAGUUAUCAAAGGAGUAGAGACGCUCCCCCAGGAAUUGACUGCUCUCACAGACCGGGCAAAAACGCAGAUUAUGGACUGUCUCGUCAUGCAACGACAUUGCGAUUAGAAUCUUUUUUUUUUUACCCCUUCUUCUUCUUCUUUUUGUGAAGAUUCAGCAAUGCCACACUGAAAGGAACUCUGAACUAACCACGUUUUCAAUCUUUAUGCAGCUUGCAUUUCACGUGCACUGACACUGCAUUUCGCUGGAAAGCCUGUUUUCAUCGUUUUUUCUUGUUACAAGCAAAACCAGAGUUCUGUGGGAAUAUUUCAACCGAAACGUAUAUAUAAACUAGAGCUGCUCUGCGAUUUGGAACAUCCUCUACAAAAAAAAAAAAAUAAUAAUAAUAAAAUAAAAUAAAUGGCUGUUGUGUCAUAAAUUGAGAUUGUGUCACACGGCUCCUCCAAGUUUUCUGUCAUUUUCAGGGGAAGUGCGCACUGACGGCUGGAAUACCACAAGAGACUGGCUGCAGAGACUUUUUUUCCUCAGUCCACGGACUGUGCGCUCUGGGACCUUGUCAAACCUGAGAGCAUCAGGCAACGUUAAGAGAAGCCACGUUUCUAAAAGCCGUGCGUAAAAAUAACAUUGGCCAAGGCAGCCCUCUUUGCCGGGCGCGUGACAUUUAAAACUUGGUGAAGUGCUCUUUUGUGCGCCCGUCUCUCCUGGGAGCUCCGGAUCUAUUCUGUCCCUUUAGAAAACACUUCAUUCCAUGCAGCUCUCGCCUCGGCCGCUGUCAUCCAGUGCAGACAGUUCGUCGUGGCUUCAAGUCCUCGGGGUAACCAUGACAACCGAAAGAAACCCAAAGUGAAUCCGAGGAGCGGGGUGAGGCAGGAGAGAGCGUGAAUAGGCUCGAGUUUUCCCCAUUUUUUGUUUAGACUUAACUCUUUCUGUAAAGCGGGGGGCACCGCUUCACGCUGCAGAGUUGCAUCAGCGGCCAAAUUGCAAAGUUGAAGGAGCCCUAAAAAGCAAAGCACUCCGCUCCAUGUCAUUCAAACCCGACGCGGUCUAUUAAAAGUAUCGUCUUGCUGGUGACUGAACUUCUACUAUUUAUGAAGCCCCGGGCUAGUCACUGCAGAGAACACAGUAACCGGGAAAGGGACUGAGUAUUAUUCACGCGAGAAGAGCCGGUGCGUUUAACAAGAGGAAUAAUGGGCUUCUCACAAACGCUGUUCGUUUACGCGCUGGUUUGCGUUCACCUUGGAGUUUCCCAGCAUUACCUUCGUCUCCGUCCAUCGCCCAGUGAUCACCUCCCAGUGCCCGACUUGAAGGAGGACCCAGACCCGGAGUACGACCCCCGUGAGCAGGACUUGGUCGAGAGGACUCUGAGGAAAAAACUCGGCAGUAACUUUGACCCCAAUUUCAUGUCCAUCAGCUCGCCCAUGCUGGUGAACCUUUCCGCGCCAGAUAACCAGGUGAAGCCGCAGGGGCCCAUGCCCAACGAUAUUAAAAAGCUGGACCUCACAGAGACUCCCUAUGGAAAGCGGGUAAAAGUGGGCAAGAAAGCCCGUAGGAAAUUUCUGCAGUGGAUAUGGACCUAUACGCACUGCCCAGUGGUGUACACCUGGAAAGAUUUGGGUGUGAGGUUCUGGCCACGUUACAUCAAAGAGGGAAACUGUUUCUCUGAGCGCUCGUGCUCCUUCCCCGAGGGGAUGUCUUGCAAACCCGUGAAGUCAAUCACCAAGAUUUUCCUCCGGUGGUAUUGUCAAGGGUUUCUAAGACAGAAAUACUGUACGUGGAUACAGGUGCAAUACCCAAUCAUCUCAGAGUGCAAGUGUUCGUGCUGAUUUUCUCUAAGGAAGGAAGUAGUAGUAGUGGUCGACGCGGGAGUGGACUGGAAAUACGGUUUCUAUUGCACUGUUAACUCUCUACAGAGGUGGGCACCAUAGCAAAUCUAUUUUUUUAUAUAGCAUUUUAAGUGAAAUACCAACAUUGUACAUAUUUAAGAAAAUGCAGCUAUUUUUUCUAAUUGAACCAGGACCAUAUUUUAUUCUCAGCCCUGAAAUGUUUUUUGGGGGGAAUACGAGCACUUCAUAAGGAAGGAGCGUUUUUUCUUUUUUUUUUUUGAUAUUUUUAAGAGACAUUGAAGAUGGAAUGCAUAUGCUACACUUCUCCAAGAAGUGACUUUUUUUUCAACUGAACAUUGAUGCUGACUGUUAUUUCACUGCAAUGCUGCCUAGAGUUUUUGUAUAUUAAUAUCAAUAAUAAUUAAAUUGUAAAAAAAAAAAAAAAAGUUGAGGUUAAAGAUAUAUAUAAAGGCGUGAACUCAGCUUUUUUUUGGAAUACAUAGUAUUGUAGGAAUAAACAAAUCUGUACGUUUUAUUUAUUAUUUUAACGAUUUGUGAGUAUAGAGCAUAAGGAAAGAGAAUAGCAGAGUAUACCAGAAAAAAAAAUAUGGGAGAUGUCUACUUGAAUAUUUCUAAAAAAUGACAAAAAAAUAAAUAAAAUAAACAAAUAAAUAAAAACAUAUCA